AUGACAGUUACAGAUUUCGGGGGUUUCUUUGCAAAUGCGUGUCUGCCUUUUGAUCCCAAGGAUGUCCUGUAUCUCACGGCAGGGUGGCCAGGUACUUGCUUUUCACGUAUCUCUGGUUGGAUUACAGCCUCCAUAAUGCUGGAAAGAUGUCUCUGUAUUGCUGUGCCUCUGAAAGUUAAAACAAUGAUAACAGUAAAGAGAACAGUUAUCGCACUCGUUAGCAUAUACGUGGCAAUGAUAGGUGCCCUGCUGCUAGUGUUUUAUGCCCUUCGUCUGGAGCCCAGAUACUCUCCUCUAAAGAACGAGACCAAGAUAAGAAUCGUUUAUAUUACCAACGGCUUUGCCAUAGAAAGUGCUGUUAUCUUGAUUAAUGCCUUCUCUCAACUCAUUACCUUUAGCAUCGUCAUCAUUUGCUCUAUAAUCCUUGUCCAAAACCUUAUUAGUAAGUCAAAAUGGCGGAAGUCUACUUCCAGUUCUGGAGAUCAUGAUGCUUUUUCAAAUAGAGACAAGAAAGUUGUGAAGUUGGUUCUAUUUAUUGCGAUCAUUUUCACAGUAUGCCUCUCGCCAAGUGUAAUUAACUUUAUUGCACAAAGUUUAGAACCCGAAUAUACCGCAUCAGGGAAAUACGGAGAUUUGUUUUUGCUGAUAUUAGUGGUUUGGUCAUUUUCUGCUUCCUUAUCAGCAACGAAUUCCGCAGUGAAUAUCUUUGUGUAUUACAACAUGAGUUCAAAGUACAAGCAGAUCCUGGACAAAAUGUUCCUCCGAGGCACAAAGGGCUAA